AUGUCAUCCUCUAAUCCCAGAGGAGGACCACCAUCACGGUAUAAUGAUAGAAAUGAAUAUACAGAGUAUGGAAAAUCACGAAGGAAAAACUUUUAUUCUCCAAAUACAACCACAUCACGAAGAGAUUAUAAAAGUACAGGACCUGGUUCAUCUUCAUUAUCCCAUUCUUUAAAUAGUGAUAAUAAUAAUAGUACCAACAGUAUUAAUGGUUCAGCGCCUCUUCCAUCACAAUCAAAUAUAAAUCAACUACAUCAUCAACAACCACCUUCUUCAGCAUCAUCAAACUCAUCAAAUAUAUCUCUGUCUUCAGGUAGAGGUCCAUAUGGUACAGGACCAAAUGUACGAGAUAAUCGAAAUUCUUACCCUGGUGCAAAUACAAAAGUAAAUCAACCUUAUACAUCUUAUUAUCCAAGUUAUGGUUCUUACAGCAAUAAAAGUAAUCCAUCUGGUUCAAAUGAUUAUGGUUCUCGAGAAACUUGGAGAUCAGGAGAUUCUCGAUUAUCCGCUAAUAAUAAUUCUAACAAACCAUUAAAUUAUUCAUCUUCUUCAUCAUCAUUCAAUAAAUAUGAUUCUUAUGGAAGUGGGAAUCAUCAAUCUUCAUCCGCACAAGCUUCAUCCAUAGCGCCUUAUGGAUUAAAACGAAGUUCAUUAUCUGGUUCUGUCGGUAAUCGAUAUUCUUCAAAAGAAAGAAGUAGAGGUUUAUCUUAUAGCGGAAGUAGUCUUAAUCGAGGCGGUGGUGAUACUUAUUAUCCAUCUUCAGCUAAAGGUUACUCAGCCGCUUAUAAUUCCAAUCCUAAAUUAAUUGAUCGUUAUUCUUCUAUAAAGAGUAGUAGAUUAACUCAUUCAGUUGAUUAUGUUAAAUUGAAACAACCAAGUACUUCACAACAUCAUAUAACUACUCCUCAUGAAAAGGAUUUCACAUCUUCAUCUAUACCAAGUGAAAGAGUAUCAAAUAUUAAAAAGGAUCAAAGUGAAGAAUAUUCCCUGUCUCCAGGUCCUGAAGAUGAAAGUAAAUUAUCAGAAGAUGAAGAGGAGGAAGAAGAAGAAGAGGAAGAUGAAGAAAUAGAUACUAGUAAAUUGGACUUAUCUCGUGAAAUUUCAAGAGACGAAAAUGAUGAAAUACCAGAAGAAGAAGAGCAAGAGGAAGAAGAAGGUGAUGAAGACGAAGAAGACGAUGAAGAAGAAGAGGAAGAGAUUAAAGAACCAGAAAUAGAAGAAGAAAUAUCACAAAAUAAGAAAGAAGAAACUGAAAUAGAUCAAGUUAAAACAAAGACACUGGAAAACAACGAAGUGAAGGCCACAGAAGUCAUUGAAACCAAAGUCGAGGAAGUUAAAGUCAAACCAACAGUGGCUAAAGUCGAUGUAUCAAAUGAAAUAUGUUAUCCUGAUGGAUGUAAAUUUCCAUUAAAUCGCCUUGAAUAUGAAUUUGAGAAAUUAGAAUUAGAAUUUAAAAAACAAACUAAACAUGAUGACGGCUUGAAUUAUUUACAAUAUACUUUAGCCAAACCUAUACUAAAUUUGAAAGACUAUACAUUUUACAAUAGAAACUUUAAAAUUUUUAUGAGACGGAAAGGGAAACUUAUAGAUAGUAUCAAACAUAAAAAUGAUUUAUUGUAUCGGAAAAAACUUAGUUUAUGGAAUGAAUAUUCCAAAGGUUUACAAGAAUGGGAAAUUGAACGUGAAAAAAUGGAUCAACAAUUGCGUAUACUUCAUCCUCCUGAUGAUGAUAUGAGAAGAGAAAUAGAUUCAAGUGAUAAUAAAAAAUUAUAUUCUCAACAAUAUACCAAUACUAAUAAUAGUUCAACUAAUCUUCAGGAAGAAGCUGUCAAUGAAGGUUCUCCAACAGGUACAGGUCGUCGUGCUAGAAGACAUGGUGAUUUAGUGACUACUGAAGCUGAAUUUCAAGAAAUUCUUAAAUCAUUAGAGAAAGAACAAGAUGAGGAUCCUAUGAUUAAAGCCAAUCGUGUUUCUGCUUAUAUACCUGAUUUAAUUUUAGAUCCAGUACAAAGAGAUGUGGUGGCAUUUAUGGAUGCAAAUAAUAUUGUUAAUGAUAAAGCUGAAUGGGCCACAAGAGUUAAAACUGAUUUUGUCAGUAAUUUCCUGGAAUCUGAACAUGAGUUAUUCUGUGAAGGAUUUUGUUUGCAUCCUAAACGAUUUGGAGCUAUUUCUAGACAUAUGGGUGGUUUGAGAACUGCAUCAGAUUGUGUGAUUCAUUAUUAUAUUACUAAAAAGGCAGUUAAUUAUAAACAAUUGUUAGUUCAACAUAAGAAGAAAAGUAGUAAAAAAGUUGGUCGUCGUGGUAAACCAGGAAGAUCAAGAAAUGUAUCUCAAGUACAAAUUCAACCUCCAGAAGCUGUAUCGACUGAAGAUACUCCAGUUGAUGGUAAAGUUGAACAAGUUAAUUCCGUUCCUGUUGUACUUCAACUUCCUGUAACUCUUCCCCUCCCUGUUCAACAAGUUCAACAAGAGCCAAAUUCUGAAGAAUUAUUUACAGAAACUGGAAGAAGAAAGAGGGCUGCUGCUCCAGUGUUUGAUGGUACAGUUAAGAAACCUGAAAAUACACCAACUAAUGAAGUUACUCCUACUUCUGACGAAUUAGAUCAAGCUGCUAUUCCACUUAAAAAGAAACAAAGAAGAAAGAAGGAAGAUUCUUUAGAAGCAGGUGAAGUUAAUUUCAGUUCCAAUGAAUCGAUUAUUAAAGAUGAAGACGAAACUGGCAAUACUGAUACAGCUCAAGAAGAACAAACCGAUAGUCAAGUUAAUACUCCUACCAAUCCUAAUAUUGAUCCAAAAGAUCGUAAAAGAAAUAUUUCAAGUUAUUGGAGUAUUGUUGAAGCUAAUUUCUUUCCUCUACUUUUGCAAAAACAUGGUACAAAAUGGACUACUAUUGCAGAUGAAUUAAAUACUAAGACAGCAACUAUGGUUAGAAAUUAUUUCCAAAGAAAUGCUGAAAAGAAUGGUUGGAAUGCUAUAGCGGUUGAAGCAGAUGCUAGAUUAGAAGCCAAAUUUGCUGCUGUUUUGCAAACUUCUGGUGGUUUAACUACUAAUCCAGAUGCUGUGAAUAAUGAAGCAUCUAAAGAACCAAGAAAGAUUGAAAGCUCAGGUUAUAUUCCAUAUCCACAACUUCCACAACAGCAACAACAACCAAUACCACCUCAAGUUUCAGGUCCUCCAGUCGCCACCUUCAUCCCAAUGGGCACAUUCCAACAUGCUCAAGCUCCAAUGGUAAAUGUUAUGCCGCCUAAGUUUAAUGUGGGACCAUCAAUUAGUUCAUUAUUAUCAGAUAAUCCAGCUCCUACACCCAGCAACAAUAUUACACAACAUAUUAUGUCACGUCCACCUGAAAUAAUUCAUAGACCUCCACCAUUACCAACAUUCAUUCAACCUCGUACUGAACCAGUUCAAAGAGCUUCAAUUAUGAGUUUAUUGAAUUCAGAUUCUAGUCCUGUUAAAGUAGAACCACAACCACCAUUAAGACCUAUUAUUCACAAUCCUAUAACCCAAAUUAGAAAGAAUAGUUUACAUGAUUUAUUAAAUUCUCCAUCUUCGGAACCAUCAGUACCUAAUCCAUCAGUUCCAAAUUUGUAUCCUCCAAAUGUUCCACCAAAUGGGGUUAAAAGAAAUGGAAUUGCUAGUUUACUUUCGGCAGACCCUACCCCUUACAAUAAUGGCCAUAACGAUCACCAAUAAUAUUGACGUAUGUUUAUAUAUAUAAUUAUUUUCAUUUC